AGGAGGGCCAUCGGUAGCUGAUUGGCGCCCUGAAGCCCCGCUAGGAACCGGGUCCCUACAUACUCAUAGUUCCGCCUCUUUGCCCAAUCAAAUGCAUUCUCGCCGUCUCCUUGGCCGGCUUUUUACCUGCUUUGCUUUACGAUUGACAGAUUGCAAUGCGUUCAUCAACAAUCAACAAUUGGGUCUUGCAAUCCCCUGCACUUCCAGUACAACACAACGCAUUACACACGACGUCGACAAAACCCCCUUGACGGCCGCUCGUGGCCAUUCGCUGGGCCCUCCGCGCGUAGUCAACCUCCAACCACGUUAUGCCGGUCCCUGAACAACCUUAGGGAUUCCAAUACCCGCCCACGCAUAUGAACUUACCUACGAAAUACACGUCCAUCAGGCAAGCAAGCAAGAAACUAACUGAUCGAUCAGCCAACCGGGCACAUUAUAUUGAACUCUUCUCCCGCCUUUACAUUCACCCGGAACCAGUGUGAUACUACGUAUAUUCAUACAUAACGGGCGCUUGCCUCCCGGCUAAGAGCCAACAUGGGGGUGUCUGUAAUUCAAGAACAACACGACAUUUUCAUAAACACCGUUAAACGCAUCACCGCUGGCGAUAAGAUGACAUCCUCAAUCACAAUGUUGCGAGUACGUCUCGGGUGCGUCCUGUCUCGGACACAGUGGCUGAAAGAAGUGCUGCAGAUAUCGAACGCAUCGAGGACCGG